UCCUGUGUCGUGGUAGCGAAUGAAUCGUCAGGCUCUGAGUAUGUGCACCAGGCAGUCCAAGAAUUGGUAAGAUGGCGGCUGCGGCAGUGGUUGAAUUUCAGAGAGCACAGUCUCUGAUCAGCACGGAUCGAGACGCUUCCAUUGAUAUUUUACAUGCGAUUGUCAAGCGAGAUGUCCAAGAGACCGACGAGGAGGCUGUGCGCGUCAAGGAACAGAGUAUCCUUGAACUGGGGGGUCUGCUGGCCAAAACGGGACAGGCAGCAGAGCUCGGUGGCCUCCUGAAGUAUGUAAGACCCUUUCUGAACUCCAUCAGUAAAGCCAAGGCAGCGAGGUUGGUGCGCUCCUUGCUAGACCUCUUCCUGGACAUGGAGGCAGCCACAGGGCAGGAAGUGGAGUUGUGCCUGGAGUGCAUAGAGUGGGCCAAAUCUGAGAAGAGGACGUUCCUGCGUCAAGCGCUAGAGGCACGCUUGGUCUCACUGUAUUUCGACACCAGGAGGUACCAGGAAGCCCUGUUGCUAGGCUCACAGCUGUUGCAGGAGCUGAAAAAGAUGGAUGACAAAGCGCUGCUGGUGGAAGUGCAGCUCCUGGAGAGCAAGACGUACCAUGCGCUCAGCAAUCUGCCUAAGGCCCGUGCCGCCCUCACGUCCGCCAGAACCACAGCCAACGCCAUCUACUGCCCGCCCAAGCUGCAAGCAGCCCUUGACAUGCAGUCGGGCAUCAUCCACGCGGCAGAGGAGAAGGACUGGAAGACAGCGUACUCGUACUUCUACGAGGCCUUCGAAGGCUACGAUUCCAUCGACAGUCCACGGGCCGUCAAGGCCCUCAAGUACAUGCUGCUGUGCAAGAUCAUGCUCAAUGCGCCUGAGGACGUCCAGGCAUUGAUAAGCGGCAAACUUGCCCUGCGUUAUGCCGGCAGACAGACAGACGCGCUAAAGUGUGUGGCCCAGGCUAGUAAGAACCGGUCACUCGCUGAUUUUGAAAAGGCACUAACGGAAUACAGAGCUGAGCUGAGGGAUGACCCCAUCAUCAGCAACCACCUGACCAAACUCUACGACAACCUGCUGGAGCAGAACCUCAUCAGAGUCAUUGAACCCUUCUCCAGAGUCCAGAUUGGGAACAUUUCCAGUCUUAUUAAACUGUCUAAGGGUGACGUUGAGAGGAAACUAUCUCAGAUGAUCCUAGACAAGAAAUUCCAUGGCAUCUUGGACCAGGGAGAAGGCGUCUUGAUCGUCUUUGACGAGCCCCCCGUUGACAAAACAUAUGAGGCAGCUCUGGAGACCAUUCAGAACAUGAGCAAAGUAGUGGACUCGCUCUACAACAAAGCCAAGAAGUUAACAUAGGAGAGCACUGGCGUCGUCACUGGGCCUCCAUGUGGCCAGUUCCCCAAAAGACUCCAGGGAGAGGGGGCGAGAUGGGGAGAAGCAGAAGUCUACACCCAGGACAAAACAAAUGACAAAAAAAGACAUGAGAAGAAAAAGGAAAACCAACCCUACCCACCCCCCCACCCCCCCCUUGCAAAAAAAAAAAAAAAGACAAAAUGUAUAACAAACUGACAGGGUUCUUCUGGCCCUUCCAGCUUUCACCUGGAAAGUUUUUGAAACGUGGUCAGUGUCCCUAGCUAUCUCCUUAAUGGACUACUGUCAACUUUACCCCAAACCCCGACCACCUACCCCUCAACACUUAGGUUUUUGAUUCUGGGUUUGUGUUUGUUUUCUGUUUUUUCUUCUUGUCCUCUGUCACACACCCUUCAAGAGGGUUAUCAGGGAAUCCUUCUGAUAAUACAGCAGUUACACAACAAAAGAGUCAUAUAUACACACGCGCACACACACAAAAAGAGUUCUAUACGAAAUGUACAUAUACAGAUCUGUCCUGGAGCUCUGCAGGCAGGCCAACCCCUGGACUGAAGGUUCAGCUGUGUUGCCAACACCCGCGCCCCUCUCCCAGAACGUGGCACUGGACGUCAGACCCCCCCGACCCUCCCUCCUCUUCUGGGCACGUCCAUGAGCUACACCAGAGGAACGGUUUCAAGGGCCCCCACCCUGUACCCCUACACCCCAACCUCCUUGAGACCCCAUGCCCUGCUCCCACCCCACUACACCCGGAUUUGGCUCCACUGCGAGUGUUGAUGGGGUGUAAGGACUGUUUGUAUCCGGGCGAGGGUUGGGCCGAUGUAUCGAGGGAGGAUUCCAUCACAAGGUGGGGCAUGAGGCAACUGCAUCCUGCCGCCCUAAUUCUCCUCCCACCUUUGCGCCCCCACCCCAGCCCUUCCCAACCUUUCCAGCUCCCUGUUUGUACAUAACGUUGCCAAGAGCCUCAUUCCAUGGCUUGAAUGGCCGUCACCCUUUUUUUAUAACGCUAAAAACAUAAUAAAGUCACAAUGGGAGAACUUG